UGUUUAGAAUCAUGUUUGAUAAAAUGUGACAAAAGUUGAAUUAACAGUAUUGAAUUUAAAAUCAUGUGCAUACCGAAAACUCAGCCAAUCUAAACUUUCAAAAAACAUUUACUUUUAUGUUUUAUUUAAUGCUCUUGAUUUUGUAAACAAGUUUGUGGCUUGGUGGCACCCGAUAAUGCCUUCAGCUCAUUUGACUUUGAAAGAGGAAGAAGUUGUUAAGUUAUUAUUGGAAUUCUUGUCUAACAGAGAACUUAGUAUAUCUCAGCUUUCAGUUGAGAGGGAAACUGGAGUUAUAAAUGGAACGUUUUCCGAUGACAUUCUUUUCCUCAGGCAGCUGAUUCUGGAUGGCCAGUGGGAUGAUGUUCUAGAAUUUGUGCAACCUCUUGAAGGACUUGAAAAUUUUGACUCAAAGCAAUUUCAUUAUAUUGUCAUCAAGCACAAAUAUAUUGAAUUGCUAUGCAUACGCUCAGAGACUGGUAUUUUCCAAAAUGUGGAUGUUGCUGUCGAAGAAGUUGUCAAGAGUUUAGCUGACCUUGAAAAGUAUUGUCCAUCAAAAGAGGAUUAUAACAAUCUAUGCUUGUUGGUAACAUUACCUAGACUCUCUGAUCAUUUUGAUUAUCGUAACUGGAAUCCUAGCAAUGCAAGAGUUAAUUGUUUCAAGGCAGUUUAUCCUCUUGUGGAAAAAUUUUUACCUCUUGAUAAAAAAGGAGCAGAAUCGCAAACAGCUAAAGGGGAUAGGCUAAUACAGCUCAUCAUCAAAGGUGUCCUUUAUGAGUCAUGUGUUGAAUAUUGUCAACAAAGAGCUACAAGUGCAACAUCUGAAAUGCAGGAAAUGGGAUUUUCACAUAUUUUAAAUGGCACAGGCUUCAGUGACUCUGACCUGAGUUUACUCUCUUGGCUUCAGUGUAUUCCACCAGAGACUUUUUCUUACCCAUUUGAGCAAAAGACACUAAGUGUAGACGUUGAACAAUUAGAUAAGCCAUCGUUAGAAGCUUCAUGGUCAGAACAAAUCCUAGUCGCACCCAUAAAACCAAAAAUAUUUCCUCAUUCAGCUAUGCCUUUUACAAGACUUCGGAGUUCUGAUUUUAUGUCUAAAUCUUUAACUCCUAAUUUAGACGGACUUGGAAAUGGGCGAAAUGCUAUGGCAUAUUCUGUUGGUGACCUUUCCAACAUGUCACGGUCUUAUGCGGGCUUUCAUCUAACUGGCAAAAAAGCGAUGAAUACUUCUGUUGAUCGGCUUUUUGAAAGCAGUGAUGUGUUCAGCACUAGUUGUGCUGAUCUUCAAUCAGAUCUUGAAAAUACACAUAUAUCUUCAAAAAGUAAAUUUACUGUACCACCUAAAAUUUUAGAGCAGGUGAGUCCUAAAGCUGAAGAUGGUGCUGGAAUUAAAAGACUUACAAUAGAAAAAGAAAAUUCACUAAAAGAUACAGGUCUAGAAGAAGAUUCAUUGAAGCCAUCUUUCUUGAGCAACUCUUCUAAAAUAUCAGUUGAUACUUCUACGAGUAAUUCAUUUUGUACUGAUGGAAAUGUUUCAGACUUAUGGAGGGAAUUUCAGAAGAAAUAUAAUCUGUCUAGGAAUAUAUCCGAUAUUUCUAGUGUAGAUGUUUCUGCACUCUUACACGAAGAAUCAAAUGUAUCUUCUCGGAAUUUAUCUAGCAAAACUCCUGAUGUAAAAAAUGUCUGUGCCUCUCUUCCAACCCAAAUUUCCCAUUUUGGUCAUGCAAAAGUGCCACAAAUUAUAGAUAAGUUUCCAACAAGUACCCCAAAACCAGCAACAAGUAGAAAUAUGACUCCUGAAAUUCAGGGUUCUCCAAUACUUCCUCGGAAUGACACUAGCUCUUUAGAUGGAUCAUCUUUGCGUUCAAUUCCUGUUACAAGAAACCUUAGCUCUGCGUCAAAUAAUUCCUGUGAUUUAACUCAACCUACUAGUGUAAAUGUUUCCCAGGCAUAUGAAACGCAUGGAACUAUAACAACAAAUUCACAGAAGAGCAGUCCAGGAGGAUCUAUUGGGAGAGGAUCCUGUUAUUCUCCAAUUCAAAGAACUAUUUCUCCUAUUGAGCAGGAAAAUACAAAUGUAAGACAGUCACCAGUACCUUCAGCCCAAGCUCCUUCUGUUAAACAAACAACAACAGCGCUGAAUCAAAUGGCUGUUGAAGGCCCUGAUAGUAAUAAACCACAUUUUAUCCCAGUUACCCGACUUGAAGAUGCACAAGCGAUUCGAACAGGAGAAUUUCAUCCUUCUGGACAACUCUAUGCAAUUGGUUCUAAUUCCAAAACUUUGCGUAUUUGUGCUUAUCCUAAAAUAACAGAUCUUAGAGAAGAUCAUAUUGUUCAUCAGCCUACAGUGUUAUAUAAAAAGGUGAAACACCACAAGGGCUCAAUCUACUGUUUAGCAUGGAGCCCAAGUGGUGAACUCCUUGCAACUGGUUCAAAUGACAAGACAGUGAAACUCAUGAAGUUCAACAUGGAAACAUGCAAUGUUGAUAACAGUGAAGCUGAAUUGACAAUGCAUGAUGGUACAGUCAGGGAUAUGUGUUUCAUUGAAGACACUACAAGCAAGUCAAGUCUUCUAAUUAGUGGUGGGGCCGGAGACUGUAAAAUAUAUGUUACAGAUUGUGAAACUGCUACUCCUUUUCAAGCACUUUCAGGGCAUUCUGGUCAUAUCUUAGCUUUGUAUACCUGGGGUGGAGCAAUGUUUGUAAGUGGUUCCCAAGACAGGACUAUCCGAUUUUGGGAUUUAAGAACAAAAGGAUGUGUGCACCUUGUGACACCUCCACCCUUAUCUGGAUCAGGACCAGGUAGUCCAGUUGCUACUGUUUGUGUGGAUCCCUCAGGAAGAUUGUUAGUAUCCGGGCAAGAGGAUGGCACUUGUAUGUUGUAUGAUAUAAGAGGUGGCAGACACAUUCAAUAUUUUAAGCCGCACACUGCAGACAUCCGAACAGCUCGGUUUUCUCCAAGGGCAUACUAUUUACUCACUGGCUCAUAUGAUCACAAAGUUGGCCUUAUUGACUUACAGGGAGACUUGACGCAACCACUGCCCAUGAUUUCAGUGGCUGAACAUAGCGACAAAGUGAUUCAAGCAAGGUGGCAUCCCCGUGAAUUUUCAUUUCUUACAACUAGUGCUGAUAAAACAGCAACUUUAUGGGCACUUCCAUUAAAAUGAAAAUAGAAAAUUUUUGCCUGCUACAACUCCAGAAUGCAUUCAUGUAUAUAUGAAAAGUUAAUAGACUGCCUCAUAUUGUUACCCUUUUUGUAGUAGAAAUCUUUUAGAAUAUUUAUUUUCUCCUAUGAAAACUAAAGAGAUAUCUUUUUAUUACAUCAUAUUUUUAUCGUUUUUCUUUUCAUGCUUUUAAUAUUUUUAUAAUGUGUUCUUUUUAUGGCAUUUCUUCUUAUUCAAAGUAUUGAUUGAUAGCUAUAAAUUGUAUAUGUUUUUAAUUUACACUUUUACAUUUUGACUGCAUUGAAAUUUAUUUUGCAUUCUAACUCUUGCUCAAAAAAUAAAACAAAAAAACUACUAUUUAAAAAUGAUAUCUUAUGUGUUCAUAUAAAUUUGUCUUUUCUGCCUAUAAAUUCUUUUAAAGUUAUUGUUAACUUUCCUCUAUCAGUUUUGCCAGUAGGAGCACAUUCAGUUUUGGUUUGUUGUGAGCUUUUCAGUAAAAUCUCAUAGAGAUUUAAAAUCUUAAAACAAUGUGAUAAUUUUUUAAUUCCAAAAAUCUUAUCUUUUCCUAGUAUUUUAUUUAUUAACUUUAUUCUACAGAAUGAAUCAUUGUGUUUGUUAAAGUACAAUGA